AGAGAAGCUGUUGCCCGCUUAGUUGUUCCUCUCAUUUCUGACUUUCGUGGGUGGAUGUGAUUUUGUGGCGCCCAGACUGUUGUGUAAAUAGAUCCACCUCUCUCCACGCUGUAUGAUAUGCCAAACUCGUAGGACCGCAGCAGGCAUUCGCCAUUCUGUAUUAAUUUAUUAAAGCCUGGCUCAGGAGUGAUCCUGUGCCACCUGUACCAUCAAGAUCAUUGCCCCACUACAUUAGGUUCAGCGGGUCAAAUAUGGAAUUUGAGCCUGCCCUGUUGAGGAAAGUCUUGAUUAAUGGGGAAUCAGAUCUGAUUUGCAAUGAAUAUGCAUCAAGAAGAGUUUGUGCAGCUCAAAUGGAAUACUCACCAGCUGGCAUUCAUCGAGACUCUGAGCAGUUUACGAGACAAGCAAGUGUACACAGAUGUAACACUGUCCUGUGGCGAUCAGUUUUACCCAGCCCAUCGCCUGGUGCUCUCUGCCUGCAGCACUUUCUUUGCAAAGGCACUUGAAGUUUCAAGCUGCAAGGCUCCUUCAAUCCUUCUACAUGGAAUAGAUCAAUCAACCCUGGAGCAACUGCUGAUCUUUAUGUAUGAUGGACAGGUCACAAUUUCAAAAGAGGAAUUACCCAAACUGCUGAAAGCUGCCAAGUGGCUGGGAGUAAAAGGUUUGGAAUCAGCUCAUGAUAAGCACAAGGUUAAUGAAGCUUCAAGUUCAGGGGAAGCAUUUGAUUCCACUCUUUUCCCGGAAACUUGGAGACAGUUAUUUUCUUCAUUUACUGGUACCAGCAUACCACAAGAGAACAUAGAAGAGGCAGUCAAGUUUUACAAACAAUUAACCAACAAGAUACAACAAAUUGAAGAUGCUAAUAAGCAAAGCUCAAAAUCAAUGGUGGAUUUAUCAGAACCAGAAACAAGCCAAGAAGAUGAAUCCCAAGACAAUAUUUCUGGUGAGAAUUUUCAUGUCGAUUCUCUAACAGAUCCUAAUUCUGAGGAGGUUAAGGAUAACUCCUCUUCCAUCCAGUUGGAAGAUAACAUUAACGGUACUUCCUUCCAUGGAUGGAUGGAAGGUGAAACGGACUCUAAAUUAAAUUUAAAAGGAAUGUUUGAAAAGUCAAGUGAAACAGCUGAAGCAGACAGUAUAAAUUCCUCCUCAAGUGCCCCUGAGAAAUCCACAGAAACUAGCAAGGAAAACAAUGCUGCAGAUAUGAACAAGAGAAGUCUGAAGUGUAAACAUUGCAGGAAGUCUUUCAAAGUUCGCAAAGACCUUGCAACACAUCUUCGUAUUCAUCAUGGUGAGAUAAACCAUUUUUGCUUCACCUGCCAAACACAAUACUCAAAUAAGAAGGAGUUAAAUACGCAUAUGAAACUUCACAAGGCAUCAACAGUGCACUCUUGUAACAUGUGUGAACAUGUAACUCACAGCCAAUAUAGUCUCAAGAAACAUAUUCUUAUAAAUCAUAGAACUCCAAAAUCAGAUUUGAUGCUUCCUAAAGUACAACUCACAAAGGAAAGAAAACAAAAACCUAGAGCUCUGAAAAGAACAUCACAAAACUCAGACUUCCAUGAAUGCUCCAUUUGCUUAAAAAGAUUUAAAGAUAAGACUUCCCUUAAAGAACAUGUAGAUAAAGGUUGUAAAGGGAUAAUUAGAAGUAAAGAUGGUUACCAUUGUCCUCUGUGCUUGUAUGUGUCUGAUAGGUUACGAAGUGUCGAGGAUCACUUGAGUAAACACACAGGUAUUUACCGCUUCCGCUGCUCUUAUUGUCCCUACCAGUGUAUCAGAAACUUCUUCCUCAAAGAUCACAUGAACAAAAAACAUCCGGAAAUUAAAUCAAUGCAGUAAGUAAUUUUUGGUACAAAUGCAGUGUAAUUGGAUUUUUUUUUAUACAAUUAAGUUUUGAAUACUGGAUUAAAAAACAUUAUCAGCUUAUGAAAAGUUAGUAAAUUAAUGAAGAUUAAUUUUAACAUGUUUUUAUUUAGGUAUGCUGCUUUAUCAGCCUUCCUGUGAAAAAAUAACAUAGAUAUUAUUUUUAGCUGUAAAGUAUUGAGUAUUUGCAGUUCAAUACCACAAUCACCACCACAUACUGUUGGAACUCUACAUAUGACUCUUUUAGCACUCGGCCUUCUUUUCACUAUUUGUAGCUUCAUUUUGUAUAAACAUUCAUAAUUGUAAAUCAUACAAUAUUCUUCAUGCUGCUUAACUAACUGUGUUUUCUCUUAUUGAAGAUGUAUAUAUGAAACUUAACUGAGCUAAUGAACAGAAAGUAUGGUGCCCUUUAAAUUACAGUGGAAUCUUGGUUCUUAAACUUAAUUUGUUCUUGAAAGCCGUUCAGAAUCUGAAAUGCUUGAAAACCAAAACUAUUUUCCCCCAUAGUAAUCAAUGUAAAAUGGAUUAAUCCAUUCCCAGACACCCAUCCACCAUGUCUUAGCGGCAUAUGACAGACUCCCACUGCCAAGAUGGCCACUCCACAUCUCCAGCUCAGAAAUUAUUAAUCCAGAUAGGACAUAUUGAAUUAAUUUAGUGACAUGGAACUCAUCCAGAGAUAUUGUUUAGACCAUGUAGGUAUUCCCUGUGUGAUCUAGUAAGGGAAGCCUUACAUUACAGAGUGACAAAGAGAGGAGCAACCCACUUACCACCAAAAUUAAGGUGAUCAUAAGACAUCUUGCUGCUGGGAAAAUGCAGUUGUGCUGUAGUGAUGGUGUUGUGGGUCAUCAAGAGAGCCACAGGUGGUUCAGGAUUACUCCCAAGUCACAAAAACUGUUUGUUUACAUUGAGGUGUUUCAAUGAAAUCACAUUUAUUUAUUUCAAAGAUUGAAUUACCAUCUCACCCAUUGUAUCUCUCCUCCAAAUACAUAAAAUGAUGGAAAUACUCAUAGAAACUAUUAAUUACUAACAAAUGGCACCUUUUGCUUUGUGUUUAAGUAUUUGAAAUCAAAUAGGUUUGUUUGAGAAUCGAAUUAUGGAACAGCAACCGAAGCAAUAAUGAGUUCAAAAUUUUGUUUUAAAACUGAUUAGGUUGUAAACGGAGACAUUCAGUAACUUGAAAGAAAUUCAGCAGUGGUUACAGCAUCAGUCAUAAACUAUUUCUCUCCAUGCACGCAAUCCUUACUUUACAAGUGGCCUUUCCUUAAAAUACUUCAACUUUAUUAAUAGUAACUUAUUAAAGUACUUCUUAUCUACUUUUUACAAAAGAAAACCACACAAGAGUUUUGGUUUGAAACACUGGUUGCUUACAAAUCUUAUUCAUAAUUUUGGUCUCUGUACCCUCUAUACAUGUGUUAUUUGAAUAGCUUAUUUCAGCUGUUUUGUGCAGUUGCACGUUAUCACUAUGACAACUGCUUGAAUUACCUUUUGUACAGUUCUGCUACCUGUUCCUGUUUAUGUUACUUAUGAUAGAGGAUGUAAUAAUAUUUUAUCACUCCAUUUUUUCAUAUACAUUGUAACCACUUAAUUCCUGUGGCUCACUUGCCCUUAAUCUCUCCUGUGAUAGUAGUUUGUUACAUGAUUUAACCUUCCCUGUAAUCCUCAUUGCUCAACAUUCAUCUCAAGAUCACUAUUGGUUGUAGUAUUUGAAUUGUCAUGUAAUCUAUAUUUUCACUACUUAGGUUUAUGAUAGAAUGCAGUGCAUGGCAUCUCAUGCAAUUCCACUGUUAAGAUUACAGUGUAUAAUAAGAUAGUCUUAAGCAUUCAUUUACUAAGAUAACACCAAAGCUGUAAAAAUUACUAUCUAUAGGAGUAUAUAUAUGAACAGUGUGUUGAAUUUAUUUUUAUAUAUUUCUUUCCAUGAUACUAAUUAUUCUUCAAAGACAGGAAGAAGAACUAAGUACACCUUUACUAUUGUUUGGAACUGUUUGCGUCAAGGGUUACAGAUGCCUGGUACUUUAGGUAAUCUGUGGUAACUUAAAAACACUAAUAAUGAAGGUCUUUUAUUCUCUUUAUGAUUACCUUUAUGUAGAGGAAACAUCUAAGUAAUGAGGCAAAGAUCAAUUUUGAAUUAAUCUUAGUAGUGUGUGUGUGUGUGUGUGUGUGUGUGUGCACGCGCAUAGCUGCCACUGAACAACUCAUAUAUGUUAACUUUGAUAUAUUAUAAUGUUAGUUUUCAAUUGCCUUUAUAAGUAGUAGGUUAAAAAUAACUAAAACAAUCCUUACUUUAGGAAAGAGAAUGGAUUUUCAAAUAUUGGCAUGUCUGGCAUGUAACACCUUUAUUGCAAACAGUUCCGUUGUAUGAUAAUGACACCAAAAAGAACCUGAAAUAAAAUUUACAAACUUUU